CUCUUCCCUUCACACCUCGCUUUUGUAUAAAUGCAGAUAAACACAAGACCCCUGUACGCACUCAUCCUCCUCGUUACAGUCUCUUUCCUCGCAUACGCAUACUAUCACUUCCCAUCCACCCAGCUCGUCGUCCUUGACACCAUGCCCGAACAAAACAUAAUCGUCCAAUUCAAGAAGACCUCCUCUUCUGAUGAGAGGCAGAAGGCAAUCUCCGAACUCACCUCCAAGGGUGCCAAGAUCGUCAGCGACGAUCACGUAGAUUCCAAGCUUAUGCCUUUCAUCACCGUUUCUUAUCCCAAAUCCGACUUCUCAGCCCUGGAAAACCAGUUUGGUGGCGGUUCUCAUAAUGCGAUUAAUCACCUCGAAGCCGAUCAAGAGGUUCGCAUUCAGUAAAUCGCUCAGUAUAUUCGGCAUUUGAAUGGAAAUCUAGUCACUAGCUUUGCCACUUCUGGAUGGUUGUUGAUGCUGGUGAAGCUAUUACUGUAUUGUGCGGUGCAAAAGUCAAGAAGUGAAGUGGUUGUGUAAGCUUAGGAGAAAGAGUAAAUGCAAACGACAACAAAACCACAGUACAUGUAGAAUAGAGCUCCUGUAUGCAGACUUUAUUUUGUACAUGCAUAAUGUAUGACUACAAUACCG